AUGUCUGUGGUUUGGAAGGAGCGUGCGUAAAGUCCUAGAAUAGAAUUAGAUUUUUCGCGCAGCCGAGCGAAAAGUCGCCUCCGCCACCGCUCGGAGUCCCAGAUACUGUCCAAAGAGAAGAACCAGUUCCGCGAGAUCUCAUCCAGAUGAACCGAAAUGUAGGUGCCGUAACUGUAAAUUGAAGACAAAAAGGAGGCAGAGCGAAGAUUAUGCGAUUACAUAACGCGCGCGAUUGGUUGAAUUCGAACGGGCUGCGUGUACCGCAAACAGUCGGUAGCCAAUCGGAUCGUCGCUACUCUCGGCUUUCCGGCCUUGGUAAAUGCUCUUGCACGAGUUCAAGGAUAUUUUUAUUACGAAUACGCUGAAAUAAAGCCUGUAAACAAUUACAUUACAAGUCGUCUAGCACGCGCAAUAGACACAUCUUCAAGAUGUCGAAAUAUCGGAACGAAAAAUACCUGGACCUCUUCGAAAGCAAGGUCUGGUCCGACUGCACAUUCAUCAUAGACGAUGAGAAAAUUAAGGCUCAUCGGUUCCUUUUGGCUUGUACCAGUCCGGUUUUCGAAUCCAUGUUCUACGGCGAUAUGGCAUCCAACGAAGUGAUAAUUGCAGACAUCGACUCGGAUAUAUUUAACAAAACCCUUCAAUACAUCUACACGGAGAAAUUGUGCAUUGAAUCUGUUCUGGAAGCGUGGAAUCUCGUCUACGUAAGCCAAAAGUAUUUCCUGCUGGAGCUGCAAGCGCUUUGCACCACUUACAUUGAAAAUAAUUUAAGUAUUAAUAACUUGCUGUUAAGUUACGAGUACGCGAUGCUCUACAACCAAAAAGUGCUGUUGGAUAAAUGUUUGGACGAUAUCCUGUUAUACUCCAAAGGUGUACUGCUUUACUCCAAUUACCAUCUGCGCGUAUCGACACUUCUGUCGAUUCUCAAAGCGGCUAAAGGUAAUUCUACAAAUCUCUUAAUGUUGGCCAUCAGUUGGGGUCUGGAGGAGUGCGCUAUCCAGGGGAUACCGUCGACAAAAGAUAACAUAUACUCGCUGUUCAAGAAAUACGGAAUUCUGGAUGAGUUGCACUUUAAGGAGUUCAAAUUCUUCUAUAACGACGGUAUCUUCAAACCAUUGUCCAAAGAACAAAUAUUCCUGCUAGAAAACAUAGUGGAAUUGUCACGUGAAUUGUACAUGGAUUGUGGGAUUCCGUUCGAGACGUCAAUUUACAAUAAGCUCGGUGAUAAAUGGAAACAGCCUCAAUUUAAGUUGCGGAUGGAGCUGAAAGACAGCCAGUGCUUGCCGAUCUAUCAAAACGAAUUACUGUCUCCGACGGUGUACUGCAACAAGGAUUGCUUGGUAUUCGGGGUGGCGGUUUCAACGAAAUCACAACCUGCUCACGUCAGGUCGAGUAGCUAUAUCGGAGGUGCUAAUAUUUAUAUUUACGUGAAACACGAGAAGAAUUUGUCCCAUUUGAUUUUCCAGUAUGAGAAUCAAGAGAAUUAUCUACCCUACGGUGAUAUUCAGAGGAUCACCUUUCCAGUACCUGUUUUAUUCGAAGCGUACAAAGAAUACUUGAUUUGUAUCGAAUACGAGAAGGGAGAGUCCAUCCUCCUCAAGUACAUGUAUAACAAACUGUACAAGAACAAAAGCGAAUCGACUGUGAUACAAUUUAUCGACGAGGGAUGCGGAUCUGUGUUAAGAGGAUUAUGCUUCUAUGAAGUUUAAAUUGAUACAAUUAUUAUUUUUUAUAUAUACAUAUAUAUUUAUUUAUUUAUUAUAUGAUAAGUUACUUAUUAAUAUUCACAAAGCCAGAAGAAAACCUCAUAGGAAAGUAUAUUUAACAUACGAGAAUCAAACUUAAGUAUUACAUUUCUUCUUCAAAUUUAUUUGGGAUGUUAAUCAAAUAAUAUAGAAUUAAAUAUAUUUCUUUUUUUAUAUCUGAAUUAG